GUUUCGUCAUUAUGCGUUUGGACCGACAUAGUCACAGUAGUGUCUAGGUUGGCUCAGUCAGUGUCGUUCCGAUAAUCCACACUAGCCAGCAGCAGAGUCUGGAAAACGGGUCAGUCAGUAUCGUCGUGGUUCUGCUCCGAGUAGCAUUGGCAGCAUCUCUGCUUCAAACCUAGUUCGAGUUAGUGUGGCUGACGAUUUUUUUUUUCUUCUGUCGGUUCUGUCUGCCACUAUUUCAGAUUAGAGCAUGUAGCAGAGGGGUCGUUUGGGUGAUUCGGUCCUUUGAAGUGCCAGUGUCGAGUGUGUGGAGUGUGUUGCCCACAGAGAUUUAGUUCAGUUCCAGUCAAGGAUCCUCCAAGUUGGCCAAGUUGAGGGUGGAAGCAUAAAAGUGAAUUUACUGCCGAGGUCGUUCGGGUCGGAUUUGGAUUGAUUUGGAGGGAAGCAGUUCGGUUGGGGCCGGAAGCCCCCUAGGGCACUGUUGGGGGUGUCGGGUUGUGGAAAAUGCAAUUGUCGGCUGUGCAUAAUUGAGUUUUCUCCGCCAUCCGGAUAUGGGAAAGUUGUUGGCGGCUGUGGUGGAAUUUUGUGUAGAUACGGUGCAUGUGAGUUCAUAUUUUGAAAAUUGGAUUGCGGUGGUGAAGCAGCAGAUGAAAAUUUUGUCCUCGUAGGAAGAAAAUCUAGUGAAAGUGCCCCAAAGGGGAGAGGAAGGAUAACUAGCUGAAGGUGAAGAGAGGGCGGUGGCCCAAGGAGUGUACUACGAUAGUACUACAGACGGAUGUAGUGAAAACGUCGGAGUCUGGGAACUCGGCGGAUAUCGCUCCCACUCUGCUUGGAAGCGGUAGUGUCUAUCGGAGUUAUUCGAUGAUACGAGGACGAUGACGACGACUUUCUCCGGAUUUGCAGUGCGAUAAGCACACACAGAUAAGCUAGCUAAGGCGGAACACAGGCGAAGCAGCUAGGAAGUGAAAGCUGAACAACAGUUAAUCAAGUGUGAGAGAGCAAUGUGUUUGUGACGUCAGUGAUAACAGGAAAAGUGUGAAGACUCACACAAGUGUGGGUGCGUAAGGACAUCUCGGACGCGCGCUAUGUUCGAAUGCUGGUCCUUCCAUUCCAUCUGUGGCUCGUUUCAUUCACCGGAUCUGCGAGCGUACAACCGUAUAUUACUCUCACCAGACCACCCUCGACCGGAGUCGAGUGAAGUGAAAGUGCAAUAGUUCGUUCUGUCUCGGAAUAGUGCAAACACAAACCAAAAAUGGAUAGUUCACCGGAUUUAUCGUUAAAGCUCCGUCGCGGAUCGAGCGACUCCCGCGACUCAUUCUACAUGGACUUUGCCCAGGGUAUCGACUCGGAUAUCGAAGAUGUCGUGACCCAAGCUUCGGGUGGUGCACCCAACAGUUGCCAAACACCGGUGGGGACCGUCACGACUCCGAGCACCUUGGUCCCCAUCACCACGAGCAGCACCACCGCCAGUAUACCGGACGUUACGGUUAUGUCCGCUUGCGGUACUAGUCAUUCGGGAACCGUUGUGAUUCCUGAAGAUCCCGAAGAUUUAGAUGAUGACAUGGAGGAGAUGGAACCGGUACCACCACCGAUGCCGGAGCUGGGCGAUCACCCGAUUCCUUCGGUCGCCGCCGGGAUGGAUAUGCCGUUGCCUCCGCUGCCGACGCUGGACAUAGACGACAGGGACAUCGACCUUCCCCUGCAACCGUUGAUGCCAUCCCCAUCGGUGCCUCAGAAUGCUAUCGUCUCGCCGGAAACAUUCAGCAAUCACUCCUCGCCAGGUCAAUCAUCACAGCACUUGGCAGGAGUCGCCACACCAACACCUCCAGCAUUCCCACAGGCUCAUCAACUCAUCCACGACGUUCAGCCCCACCAGCAGGACUUCCCCCUCCAAAGCGAAGAAUCCCGCGUCGGCUCCUCGCUGGAAACCCAAAGCAAAACGCAUCUCGGCUCGUCCUCAACCUCGUCGGCCUUCCAGCGAGUUCACACGCCAACCCUCAGCGUCAAAACGAAUCCCGUGGUCAUCAUCCCGGGCUCGUCAACACCAACUCCUCCCCAACCAUCCCCCGGAGCCCUGCAGCGACAACCCACCGCGACCGGUUCCACCACUACUCAGCACCUGGCCGUGCUCUACCAUUCCCACCACCAUCAUCUGCACCCGAUCCUGAACACCACCCGACGACCUUCGCGACUCCCCGAACCGAUCUACUACCACCAACAGCAGCAGCAGCGGGAGGUUAAACCGGGUGAAGCACUGGCGACGACGCUGUCGGCGCUCUACGGGAAGCUGCUGGUCGUGAUGGGGAUUGCCUUCCCGAUGGCCGAGGUUAUCUCCACCUACAUUCCGCCUUCGUUUUAUGAGGGCUUUUAUUUAUAUCUCUACAUAGGCAGUAUGGUAUUCCUGUUAUUCAUGUACACAACGCUUCUGUGGGGCCGCCCAAAAACGCCCCUCGUAUCUCCAGUGAAAAACUCCCACCAGACUCCCACCAAAGCGAAGAUCAUCCACCGCGCCAGCACCACCUGUUCCACCGACAGCGGCGAACGAUCGGACAGCGAAGACGACACGGUCAGCUCCGAGCCCAAGGUCAUGAUUCCGGUGCGACGAAUGUCCCUGUCGUCGUCAGCCGCCUCCCGGAUCCAGCACUUCGGCAGCUUCUACCUGCGGAUGGGCGCCGUUGGUACGUGGCGUUGUUGCGAAAGAACGAUACACGAUCAUUAUUUACCAACGAGCAACGCUUUUCUCUUGUUUUCAGCAUUCGGCAUCGGCAGCAUGAUCUACUCGGGCCUGGAGUUUGGGCAGUACUUCGAGCUAGAACGGGACACCAAAUGCCACAACGUGCUGCUCGCGCUUACCCCGGCCACCCGGAUGGCAUUCAUCUUCAUCCAAAUGUAUUUCAUAUUCCUCAACAAUGAGCAAAUCAAAGUCUACCGGCACAAGAUUUUGGCUCGCUUCGGACUGAUGCACAUGAUCGGGACCAAUCUGUCGGUGUGGUUCUCGGUGCUGAUUCAGGAAACCAAACACGAGAUUUUGACGUUCUACAAUCCGGAGAAUCGCACGCUGCGGAUAUCGCAUCGAUUGGGUCACAAAAUGAUCCCUCACCCAGCCGACACCGUGGCACAUCUCCGAGUAGCUCGAGGGCUCAAAGGCCCGCACAAUAUCUUUGAGUGUCGGCGGUCCAACAUCAUCGGAACCCUCGUGCAGGAUGCCUCGCCAUUCCUGUUUCCCUGCACAAUCGAAUACUCACUGAUCUGUGCGGCCAUUCUGUACGUGAUGUGGCGAAGCAUCAGCCGACCUCAGACAGAUCCACCGCAGCGACAAGAGCUGCAUCCACUAAAGAGAUCACCCCAUCACUACUCGGUUGAUUGCGCCGGAGCUCACAAGGGGCUUUUCAUCGGGAUUCUGAUCCUGGUUCUGACCAUCAUCUCGUUGAUUCUGUUCUUCGUACUGAUUUCAAGGCCUGAGUUCGUCAAUCUAGCCGUCACCGAGGUGAACAUCUGUGAGCUGACCCUGUAUGGUACAACGACCGCCGCAACCCUAAUAGGGAUGAUCCAAGUCCGACACAUGCAGUACGACGCAUUCCGGAGUUUCAGCCUGGAUGACAUUCUGCUGGUUGGAGGUCAAACCGGAUCGUUCCUCUACAGUACCUUCACCGUCAUCGGCGGCCAGUUCAUGAUGCGAAGGGACACCGUUCUAGUCCUUAUCACUGCCCUGGCAUCGCUGGUGGAAACCGCCUGCCAAACCAUGUUCAUUCUGGACGCCAGCCGGCGAUCGGCUGCCACCCAGGAGCACAUACGAAAGAAACCCGGCCGGGAGAUCGUGACCUUCCUGCUGGUCAGCAAUUUAGCCAUGUGGGCCAUCAACACGCUGGAAAAGUCCCGGGCCGAGUCGCACCCAAUCCAGCUGCACUUCUACGGCCUCUGGGCGUGGACCAUCAUCACGCACGUCUCCAUGCCGCUGGCCAUCUUCUACCGGUUCCACAGCACCGUGUGUCUGUGUGAAAUUUGGAAACGAGCGUACAAAAUGAAACCGGCUUAUAUGUAAUCCGAUCCCCAACCCGGCCGGACUGUCUAGAUAGGUACCCGCCGACACAUCGGUGGUGGUGGUCGGUGGUCGUCGUUGAAUGUGAUUAGCUGUGGUGCUGCGCACCGAAAAUGGGACUGGAAGGGAAAAUCCAUAACCACCUUGUUCGUUAUAGUCAUUAUGUAUUAACUGUUUCCACAAUCCAUUUCCUCACCUUGUAACUGUUAGGAGAACCUCUGCUCAACUAUACUAAAAGCAUACCCCUUCUUAGCAUCUCUUUCA